UAAAAAUAAACCAAACAAAAAAAAAAUCUCCCUUUUUGCUUUAUUAUAUCCAAUCCUCUCAAUCCCCACUCCCUCUCCUUCCUCUCCCGGUCGAGCUUCGGAUUCUCCUCAUCCAUGGCUCGCAACAGGGAAGCUGUGGUUUUGCUGCUUGAUGUUGGCCCAUCAAUGCAUGGUGUUCUUCAGGAGGUCGAAAAGGUCUGCUCGAUGCUCGUGCAGAAGAAGCUAAUCUACGGCAAGAGUGACGAAGUUGCGGUUGUUGUAUUUGGAACUGGAGAAACUAACAAUGAGCUCCAAAAGGAAGUGGGUGGAUAUGAGCAUGUGGUGGUUUUGCGUAAUAUUAAAGUUGUCGAUGGGGAGGCAACUGACACUUUACAAAACCUUCCAAGAGGAACUGUUCCUGGUGAUUUUAUGGAUGCCAUUGUUGUCGGUAUAGACAUGCUGAUAAAGAAGUUUGGACCUACAAACAAGGGAAAGCAACGCCUUUGUCUAAUCACUGAUGCAAAAUAUCCUAUAAAAGAUCCUUAUGAGGGGACAAAAAAGGAUCAGGUCGACGCCAUUUGUCAACAGAUGAAAGCUCAUGGAGUUAAGUUUGAUUGUAUAGUUUACAGAGAACCUGGAGCUAUGCGUACUAGCGUGAUGGACGAAAAUGACCAUCUAUUGGAUCUCUUCUCAAAGAGAAUAGUAGCAAGAACAGUUCAUGUCGACAGCCCUCUAUCACUUUUAGGUGCCCUUAGAACUCGAAAUAUAAUGCCAGUUACUGUAUUCAGGGGAGACAUGGAAAUAAGCUCUAAUAUGAAGAUCAAGGUUUGGGUUUAUAAGAAAACAUCUGAGGAGAGAUUCCCUACAUUAAAAAUGUAUUCUGACAAAGCACCUGCAAGUGAUAAAUUUGCUACUCAUGAGGUUAAAGUAGAUUUUGAGUACAAAAGCAUCGAAGAUCCCAAUAAAGUUAUUCCACCAGAGCAAAGAAUCAAAGGUUAUCGCUAUGGGCCACAAGUAGUUCCUAUAUCUCCCGCCGAGUGGGAGGCUGUCAAGUUCAAACCUGAAAAGAGUGUAAAGCUUCUCGGAUUUACUGAUGCUUCAAACAUUUUAAGGCACUAUUAUAUGAAGGAUGUCUACAUCUUUAUUCCUGAACCUGGAAAUAGAAAAGCAAUUGUCGCAGUGUCUGCAAUAGCUAGAGCAAUGAAGGAAAUGAACAAGUGUGCAAUUUUGCGGUGUGUGUGGCGACAAGGUCAAGGAAAUGUUGUUAUUGGUGUGCUUACACCCAACAUAUCUUCAGUUGAUAAUAUUCCAGACUCAUUCUACUUUAAUGUACUUCCUUUUGCUGAGGAUGUAAGAGAGUUCCAAUUUCCAUCUUUCGACAAUCUUCCUUCGUCAUACCACCCCAGUGAAGAACAGCAAGAGGCAGCAGAUAACUUUGUGAGAAUGUUAGACCUUGCACCGUCCGGGAGACAGGAAAUACUACAACCUGAUUUCACGCCAAACCCAGUUUUAGAGAGAUUUUAUCGCUUUCUCGAGUUGAGGUCGAAGCAGCCAGAUGCUGAUGUGCCCCCGCUUGAUACGAGUCUUAAGAUGAUGACAGAGCAAAGUCCUGAUGUUUUCUCUGAUCAGAAACUUUUAAUCGAAUUCCCCAAACAUUUCGAGCUCAAGGAAAAUCCAAAGAAAAAGAAGUCAUCGAGACGGGCAUGGAGGGAGAAGCCAUCACUUUCAAAUGAAGAAGUUAGUGCCAAAGAUCCGACAGCUUCUAACUUGCUAGAAUAUUCAUCUGACAAGAAGGUGGAAAAGAUUGGAAAUCAAAAUCCUAUCCAAGAUUUCGAGGCCAUGAUGGCAAGAAGGGAUAGUUCGAAGUGGGUUCGCAAAGCAAUUGAGGAGAUGCAAAAUUAUAUUGCCAAUAUGUUGGAAAAUUCUCACGAACAGGAUGCUUUCCAAAAAGCAGUCGAAUGCUUGAAAGCUCUACGUAAAGGCUGCAUUAUUGAACAGGAACCAAGAGAAUUCAACCGGUUUCUGAUUGAACUAAAGGAUAAGCGGAAGAUAACCAAUCUUGCCAACUUCUUUGAUCUUCUUUUGUCUAACAAAAUCACGCUAAUCAGCAAAGAAGAAGCCGCUGACAGUGAUGUGGCCGAAGAGGAGGCUAAGAAUUUCCCUGUAAAAGCUGAAUCAGCUUCUCAAUAGCCAAGUUAAGCUCAAUUGAAUGAGUUUUGAGACGGUGAGUCGUUCCAGCUUAUGUUCUUGUGGAGGAUCUUCUUCGCCUUGAAGUUAGGAACAUAAUAUGCAUACUUUGCGGCUCACGAAGACUUCCCUCACUGACGCCCAAAUUUUUGAACGAAGAAUGUUAUCUAACACUUUUAUAGCGGCUUGAGUGUGGCUGUUUCGCUCUCAUGAUGAUAGAAAAUGGUUCCUUUUUUGGUUCGGGCGAAAGCUUGGUUGUAUAUGAAGCUAGAUUACUUUUGCUAUGACAUCCUUUUGUUCUGUAGGCAUUCCACCAUAUGAUGGUAUGUGAAAGUUCUGUGUAUCUUCCCUUGUUC